GUCAGUAGUGACACACUCAUAUAGUGGUAGUUGGACCAGAAGCGCAUUCACUGAUCAGAUCGUAGCCGUUUCCCUGACCACAAGCGUCACACAUCCAGAAAUAUGUCAAAGUUGAAGAUGUUAAAGAUGAUCUCUAUAGCCCUGUGCUUCGCCGGCAUUCUUGUGUUUUUAACAGGACUCACUGAGUUCAAUAUUCAGUUCUUUCUUGAUAAUCAAACCCUCUGUGGGACGUGUUUAUCCCCCAAAAAUCAGCUGUGCUUCCACCCCUUAAAACCCCCAGUUGAGCCGCUUUUAUCUGCGAACAACAACCUCUCAGAGGAUGAUUUCAACUGGUGGAAGCACUUACAGGAUGAAAAACUAGACUACAACACAUAUAAAGAAACAGUGAACAGCCUGUUUCAGACAUUCCCAACCAUCCUGGAGUCUUUAAAGCCCAGCAGAGACAGCUGUAAGACCUGUGCUGUGGUGGGAAAUUCUGGUAACUUGAAGGGAUCACGUCGUGGACCUCAGAUAGAUUUCCAUGAUUACGUCAUCAGAAUUAACAGGGGUCGCACCAAAGGCUUCGAAGAAGAUGUCGGCACCAAAACAACUCAUCGGGUCAUGUAUCCAGAGAGUGCCGUGGAUUUAGACAACUCCACUCACCUUGUGUUGGCUCCAUUCAAGAUACUGGAUCUAGAGUGGCUCAGGAUGAGCAUGACAACUGGAUUUCAUGGAAUGUCCUAUGUUCCAGUAAAAUCAAAAAUAGCAGCCAACAAGGAUUUGGUGAUGGUGAUCAACCCGGCUUACAUAAGACACGUUCAUGACACGUGGCUGGGAAAGAAGGGCCGGUAUCCAUCCACUGGCUUUAUAACUUUGGCUCUUGCGCUGUACAUUUGCAAUGAGGUCCAUGUGUUCGGCUUCGGAGCAGACAAGGAUGGAAACUGGAAUCAUUACUUUGAGGAACUCCGGGACAAAAAGCACAGAACUGGAGUACAUCCAGGACAACAGGAAAUUGACAGCAGCCAGGAGUCUCAUACUCUUACACAGCAAAAUGAGACUUCUGCUUUCCAGAGAACAAGGAAGAAAGAAGAUUUACACAUGAUGGUUGCACUACUUUUUUUUGUAUGUUAAAUGUUAUUUUUAUAAGCGUAUCAGGUGACUGAGCUGUAUGUAGAAGUUUGUAAAAAAAAAAUGGAGGAAUCAUGCACGGUUUCACUGUUUGUUUGUAUUUAUUUCUGAUCCAGGAUGCACUUUUAUAUUAUUGAAGGGAAUUUACUGUUAUGUCGAAAACAGAAAGUUUUGAUGAGGUUGAGAUUGUCAAAGGUACUGUGGUUGUCUCAUGUGGGCGGCUAUGGCUCAAUAGGUAGAGUGGGUUGUCCAUGAACUGAAGGGUUAGCGGUUCGAUCCCCCAAGUGUGCCAUAUGCUGAAGUGUCCUUGAGCAAGACACUGAACCCCCAGUUGUUCCCAGUGUCAGUUGCACUGGUGUAUGAAUGUGUGUGUGCUUGUGUGAGCAAAUGGGUGGAUGUGUCUCUGACUGUAAAAGUGUUUUGAGUACCUUUGAGUAGGUAGAGAAGCGCUAUAUAAGAGCAAGACUAUAUGCCCUUACUUGGUAAUAAGAGAAUAAAUCUGCCAGUAGACAACAAACCUAAGGCCUUGUUUCUUUGCAUCCCAUGUUUAAACUUAAUUUUCUGUUUGUUUAUUUUUUAAUUGUAUUUCAGCCUUGAAUUAAAUAAAAACUAAUAAAAAUAAAUAGCAAAUAUUCAGCAAAACCCCAAGGCUGAAAACCCUCAGAGUGACCAGAUCUUUGAACAACAAGAAACCUUGAGCAGAACCCAGUUCCUAUGGAGGGACACGUCUGCUUAAGACUGCUGUGGUAAUUUUCCAUUAAGCAUGUUUUGUACUCGUUUGCUCGUUUCAUGUGUACUGAAGUAGUCAGACAGUUAUGGGGCCAUUAUUGUGGCAAAACUAUUUGCAAAUGUGUAUUUCUAUACACAAAUGAGUCACCAGAUCUAUAAAUGUGUAACCAGGUCCACAAAUGUGUAAUAAACAACUCACAAAUGAGUCACCAGAUCUAUAAAUGUGUAACCAGGUCCACAAAUGUGUAAUAAAUAACUCACAAAUGUAUAACCAGAUCUAUAAAUGUGUAACCAGGUCCACAAAUGUGU